AUGUCACUCAAAGCACCAUUCUCCUUCCUGCACUUGCCAUCCGAACUGCGGUUCGAAGUCUACCGGCACUUGUUUGGUAUCGCCCCACACACGCGACUCCGAGUCGGCGAGGCAUGUCUGGACAGCGACUUGCCACACAACACCGAGACCUCGACGCGUCUCUCCACGGCGUUCGAGGUCUACGUACACACACCCUGGCCCCCAAAUGCAAGCGAUUAUGCACGAAUACAUACUAAGCACUACUCAACGAAGGAACAAUCCCGACACCAUAUAUAUCGCCAACACCGACAUCUGUUUCUCGCUAUUCUGGCCACCUGCAAAACAAUAUAUGAGGAAGCAAUGCCAUUCUUCUACUCGUCGACAUUUUUCGCUAUAUCAGGAAACAUCGCAAAGGCUACCAACUGGUUAGUUGGAAUGAGCGCCCAACGAAGAAGGCAUAUUCGGAGACUCAGUUUUCACUUCAGCAGUAAAGCUUUAUCGGAAUGUUUCUCGAACCAGAACAACAUGCAAUUCCUCGCUGAGGAACUGAUGUAUAUGGAUCAGGUUGAUGUUGUGGAAUUGCUGAUCACAAAUACAAGGCUGGAGGAAGAGUUGUUGGAUUUCGCGGAGGCAGAGAGUCUGGGUAUCCCGCAGUAUGCUGUGUCUCGACGACCAUGCGAGCCCUUGGUGCUAUUUGGUGUGGAGCAGUUGGAGGCAGUGCCGAGGCUGGGGUGUUUACGGAUUGUGGGCCGUAUGGAUAGGUUAUUGCAAUACACUGAGGAUAAGGAGUAUUUAAAGGCCAUGGCAGAAGGAAGGAAGCCCGCUGGGCUUGGAAAGGAAAAUGGCCAUCGACCAGUGGUGGAGCUUGUGCAGCUAUAAGGGCUAUGCUUGACUCCAACUAUUCACGAGUUAGUACAAAUUCAAGGGAUUGAAGCGCUGGUCGC